CUUUACGAUCGGUCCCUGAGGCGGUCGUUUGCGUAUCCGGUCGAAGUCGGAGAAGAGAGAAACAGUGAGAGAGAGGGGGAGUACUCUGAUUAGUUUGCUUUUGCGCCACAGUAUAUACUUUUGCUGUAGUGUUUCGCGAUCAUGGCGGACCCGUUGAGUCUGCUGCGACAGUACAACGUCAACAAGAAGGAGAUAAUCGAACGCGAAAACCAGAUCAUAUUUGGCGAGUUCUCCUGGCCGAAGAACGUCAAGACCAAUUAUCUGACUUACGGAUCUGGAAAAGAGGGAACACCUAAGGAAUACUAUACACUCGAGUGUCUUUUAUUCCUGCUCAAACAUGUUCAGCUUACGCAUCCAGUGUACGUGCGACAAGCGGCCGCGGAGAAUAUCCCGGUGGUGCGUCGGCCCGACAGAAAAGACUUGCUGGCCUAUCUCAACGGCGAGACCGCCACGUCAGCCGCCAUAGACAAAUCGGCGCCGUUGGAGAUCCCGACUCAGGUGAAACGCGCUGCCGAGGAUGGUUUGGAAAGCGGAUCGUCGAAGAAGCCCCGUUUCGAGGAGACUCACGUACAAAAGGUGAAGGAGCAACUCGCCGCGCGUUUGGAUGCUCCUAAAGAGGCGUCGGUCACCGUCGACAAUAUCAAAUCGCUCUCGGAGGCAAUGUCAGUGGAAAAGAUUGCGGCGAUCAAAGCGAAACGUCUGGCGAAGAAGCGCACCACCAUCAAGGAGAACGACGACAUCGGCAUGGGCUCGGAUCUACGCGUAAUCCUCGACAUGGACGUGGACGAUACGAAGGACAUUGUGUCCCGCGAGCGCCAAUGGCGAACGCGCGCCACCAUCCUGCAGAGCAGCGGCAAGAUCUUCGCGAAGAACAUCUUUGCAAUUCUGCAAAGCAUUAAAGCGCGCGAGGAGGGUAGACAGAAGGGACCUAUUGUGCCUACGCCCAUGGUAACGCCGCGGUCGACACCGAUGCGGCCCCUGCCACAACCGGCCGUCUACAAUCGUUACGAUCAGGAGCGUUUCAUCCGGCAGAAGGAGGAAACGGAAGGCUUCAAGAUCGACACUAUGGGCACAUACCACGGCAUGACGUUAAAGUCCGUGACCGAGGGCACGAAUCCCGCCGUGAGAAAACCCCCGACCAAUCCGUCCGCUACGCCAACCUCCGGUUUACUGCCGACUUCCGCGGCUAAACUAACGCCUCAGCAAGCCGCACAGAACAAGCGACCCAGCCGAACGCCCAUUAUCAUCAUUCCCAGCGCCAACACAUCUCUUAUCACUAUGUACAACGCCAAGGACAUCCUCCAGGACUUGAAGUACAUCAGCAAUGAGGACAAACGGGCGCAGGGUAGCAAGCGGGAGAAUGAAGUGCUUCUUCAACGACGCAAGGAAGGCGGUCUGACCGUACCUUAUCGGGUAGUCGAUAAUCCACAAAAGCUCACCCAUGCCGACUGGGAGAGAGUCGUUGCCGUGUUCGUCAUGGGACCGGCAUGGCAAUUCAAGGGUUGGCCGUUUGAUGGAAACCCGGUGGAAAUCUUUUCGAAAAUAUGCGCAUUUCAUUUGAAAUACGAUGAGAUGAGACUGGACACGAACGUAGCGCGAUGGGCCGUCACAGUGAUCGAGUUGAGUCGGACAAAGAGGCACUUGGACAGAGCAGCGUUAAUGAUAUUUUGGGAACAUCUCGAUAAACAUAUGAUCAAGAACAAGCCACAUCUUCGUUUCUGAAGUUCUAGAGCGAUUCAGAUUGCAGAAAUGGCAAUAUACUGGUCGUGGCGUCCUAUGUCCCCAUAGGUUGGAAUCACGCGAAGAUACAGGGCCGUGAGGCCUUCCGGCGUUGAUGUUGCGACGCUGAUUGUGCGUGGGUAAAAGUAUCCAUGAUAAGCGAUGUGAUGUGUGAUAACAGAAUCGUUGUCACACUACGUUAGACGCGUUUACAUUUUAUUGUUGCUUGCACGAAUAAAACACAAAAAAAUUGCAAUGCAUUA